AUGGACGUCAAGGCCACCGCCCUGCUCAAGCUCGUCUACCUCGAGAUGGUCGGCCACGACAUGUCCUGGGCCUCGUUCCACGUGCUCGAGGUGAUGUCGUCUCAGAAGCUGCAGCAGAAGCGCAUCGGCUACCUGGCCGCCGUGCAGAGCUUCCGGUCCGACACCGAGGUGCUGAUGCUGGCCACCAACUUGCUCAAGAAGGACUUAAGCGCCACGUCGCCCAUUGCCAUCCAGCUGCCGAUUGCCACGCUGCCACACAUCAUCACACCCUCGCUGGCACUGUCCGUGCUGCCGGAUCUGUUGCCACGCCUCACGCACUCGCACCGCGUCAUCCGCAAAAAGACCAUCGUCACGCUCUACCGUAUGGCCCUCGUCUAUCCCGAGACGCUGCGUGCCGCCUGGCCCAAGAUCAAGGAGCGUCUCAUGGACCCGGCAGAAGACCCCAGCGUCACGACCGCCAUCGUCAAUGUGAUUUGCGAGCUAGGAUGGCGCCGGCCGCACGACUUCUUGCCGCUGGCCCCGCGUCUGUUUGAGCUGCUCGUCGGCACCAACAACAACUGGAUGGCCAUCAAGCUCAUCAAGCUGUUUGCAACGCUGACGCCGCUCGAGCCGCGUCUCGUCCGCAAGCUACUGCCGCCGCUGACCGACUUCAUCCGCACGACACCCGCCAUGUCGCUCCUCUACGAGUGCAUCAACGGCAUUAUCCAGGGCGGCAUCCUCGGCAGCGACGACGACUCGUCGGGCCGUGAAGAGAUUGCAUCGCUGUGCGUGACGAAACUGCGGGGCAUGAUGAUGAUUGAAAACGACACAAACUGUGAGUAUAUCACGCAUAAAUGGAGAACUAGCAGUUGCACAGGUACAGCGACUAACCAGACAGUAAAAUAUGUUGCACUCCUCGCUUUUAACAAAAUCGUGGCGACACAUCCGUACUUGGUGGCACAACAAGAAGACGUCAUUCUCGAGUGCAUCGACAGCCCAGACAUCAGCAUCCGCAUCAAGGCUCUCGAUCUCGUCCAGGACAUGGUCAGUAGCGACAAUCUGGUCUCGAUUGUCGGCCGUCUCAUGCGCCAGCUGAAGCAGGCAUCCUCGGCCGAGCCGGUCAAGCAGAUUGAGGUGCGCCAGAUGGAGUUCCGCGCCGAAUCGGACGACGAGUUGGAAGGCGCGCGUCCGCCUGCCAAGAACAAGAACCAGGAGACGCCGCUGCCCGAAGACUACAAGAUCGACGUCAUCCACCGCAUCCUCGCCAUGUGCUCGCAAAACAACUACAGCAAUCUCACCGACUUUGACUGGUACAUUGAUAUCCUGACACAACUGUUACGGACGGCACCAUCGCCAAGAGCAGCAGACGGCGACAGUGACAACGACGGUGGCGCCCUAGGCACAUUGUCCGGGUCAGCGGCCGCCGCCAACGUCUCCGAGAAGAUUGGCAGCGAGCUGCGAAAUGUCGCUGUCAAGGUGCACGCACUACGUCCUGCUGCUGUUCGGGCGGCCGACGAGGUCAUUGUCCAGCUGAGCUCUGAGGCGGCUUCGGCAGCUGCCGUGGGCGCGCAGGUGAUGUCGACUGCGCUGAAACCGCUCGCUUGGAUGACGGGCGAGUAUUCUUUGUACCUGCUGUCCGCCAACGACACGCUCACGGGUCUCCUGCAGCUGCUGCCGCGCAUCCGCUUCGCAGACGUACUCGCCACGUGCCUGCAGGCUGUCGUCAAGCUGUUCGCGUUUGUCGUCAGCGACGGCCAGGCCCACAACCUCGACCUCGGCUGGACACCGGAGCGGAAGUCCAACAUCGCGCUGCUGCUGGCGCGGCUCGUGCACGCCAUGGAGCCUCUGGUCCAGCACCCGCAGUUGGAGGUGCAGGAGCGCGCUGUGGAGUUUUCAGAGCUGCUCAAACUGGCUGCUGAGGCGGUCACCGCACAGCCUGUUUCGACCGAUGAGGUGCAGCAGGACGCGCCGCUCCUGCUCACGGAGGCGAUCCCGUCUCUGUUCCGCGGCUGGGAACUCAAGUCGGUGUCGGCGGCCGCACAGUACAAUGUACCAAUGCCGUCCGGUCUGGAUCUGGACGAGCCCAUUCACGCGAACCUAAACAAACUUUUGGCUGAAGCCGAUUAUCUGGCGGCUUUGCCUGGUGCGGCGGCCGUGUCCGCCGAAGAGAGCGAAUUCGACUCGUACUACAACAACAAGCCAGCUGCUACGCACGUGUCGUCGGCCGAGCCGGCCAUCAACCGGUUACAGGAUGUGUCCGAACCGGCCGCCUCAUCGUCGUUGUUGUACCAGCAGCGGCCGGAUGAAGACGCCUACUUGGAUGCCGACAUUCUGGCACGGCGGCGUGCCGAGCGGCAAGAGCGCAACCGCGAUGAUCCCUUUUACAUCCCGUCCACCGAUGCGUCCCGCCUCCCAACACGAGACACUUCGACACCGAUCCAUGACAUUCUCAAGAACGACAACGGUGAGGAUCUGGAUAUCGACUCGAUCCCUGUGAUGCAGCUCGACCUCCAGACUCUCGGAACCAGCGGCGGUGGCGGUCAGACAGCAGCCGCAUCGCUCUCGGCCGCGCAACAAUUGCAAAAGCAGCAACAGCAACAGCGGCAACAACAACAACUGCAUCAGCCGCAAAAGUCACUCAGCUCCCGCCCUCGGAUCGUCAUUGCCGCCGACGAGACGCUGAGCGGCACAAGUGGACGGUCCACGCCGCGCAACUACGAGUCGGAGACCGGGUCCAACGACAGCGGUGCCAACCGGCAGCGGGCCAAGAAGAGCGCCAAGCAGCACUCGCUUCUGCACGUCGACUCGAGCCACAUUGGGAUGUUGAGCCUCGAGGACAAUGGCAGCAGUGUCGCCAGUGGCGGCCCGGGGCACAGCAGCUCCCGCUCCAGGACAGGUGCGGGCGGCAGCGGCAGCGUCUACGACUUGGAGCGUCAGAAGCGGGCGGAUGCCGAGAUGGCCCAGGCGCUCAAGGAAGUGGAGAAGCGGCGCCUGGAGAUGCAGCGGGCGAACGAGCGCGUGCAGAUGGCGCACGGCGUGUCGCUCGAGGGUGCGGAAGUCGUGGCCAAGAAGCCCAAGAAGAAAAAGUCGACAAAGACGGCCGAAGGCGAUGCGAACGGCAACGACAACAGCAACGGCGCCGACCAUGGAGCGGAAGGCGGAGCCGUGGUGGUGAAGCCCAAGAAGAAAAAGAAGGCCACCACAGCCGUCGACGGUGCUGGUGACGGUGGUGAACUUGGCCCACCUGUUGCAAUCAAGCCCAAAAAGAAGAAAGUGAAGAAGGUGAUUGACCUGCAAGAGGCAGAACCGGCAUCAUAG